GUAUUUCCCUCCACCCUCAGCAUGGCUGGAAUACUGCACAGGCUUAUGUUUCUAUUUGUGACACGGACUGAUUUGUGGUUAAACAGAGCGGAAGAGCGUGAUUCUGUGAAAUGACGCGCUCCGGUUGACGGCAGGUUUGCACGAGCAAAAUCCGGUAUAGUGCAGGAGCCAGUGCGGUGUGUCAGACUUACCUAGUCGCUGUAAAACAGCUAAACAGCAUGACAUAUACUCGUUUAAUGUGCGCUUAAACGUGGUGAGUUGACUUUUUAUUGUGCUAUGACGUCUUAUUGCCAGGUAAGUUAGCCAGCUAACAAAAACACAUUCUGACAUCGUUUUGCUAACGUUCUGAAAACGUCGUUCCUAAACGACAAGAUUUGGAAACGUUUUUAAAACAUUUCCUCGUGUUUAUGCGAACGUUCUAUUUGAUCAUUUUGUAAACAUUGUGCGAAUGCUACUUUUGAAUGUGUUCUGAACGUUCUAUUAUGACGUAUACACAAUGUUUUUGUGCUAACAUUUGGAGAAGCCCAGGUAACUUUGAACGAACGUCACUCCCUGGAAUAACUUUUGAGAGAACCAGCUUAAUGACAUGUCAUUUAGAUGUUAGAUAUUAGUGUCAGGUUAUAACCCUUGAGGUUUAGCCCUUGUUAAAUGACGUCACUGAGGUCAGCUCCGAUUGGGACAGCCGCUCCACAAGCAAGGAGUUAUGAGCGGUCGUACUAAGAAGACACGGUUUAUUAACAGUCCUGGCAAUAAACUGUCUUUUGGCAAUAGAGACUGGAGCGAUGACUUCAUCAGGCUCUACGAUGAAUCCAGUGGGAGAGGGAUGCACGCAUUGCAGCCAGAGAAGAACACACACACUUCACCACGGGACAGAAUGGCGCUGAGACUCAAAAGUCCUGAUUCGGACAUCCUUCCCACGGGCCAUCUGGACCUAAGCACAACUUCAGUCGCCAGCUACUUCCACAACUCCGACACGAGCUACUGCACAAGCCCUGCCUCCGACUACCAGGAAAAGAACCGUCUGCUCGACGUCCGGAAACGCUCCAGCUCCUCCAGACGCCGGUUCGAGGUGGUCACCGAACUGGGACCGGAGGAGGUCAGGUGGUUUUACAAGGAGGACAAAAAGACAUGGAAGCCCUUCAUGGGGCACGACUCUCUCAGGAUCGAAGUCAUGUAUCGCGUCUUCAGAGAGCGAAACCCGGAAAGGGUUUUAAACCGUGGUGGAGAGGAGCUUCUCGAAGAUGAUGGUCUGGACGGAGGAGACCCGUCACUGGAGACGCAUGGAGACCAGAGGCAUGACGGCGUGGACGUCAGUGUCGAAGCAGUGUGUGUGAGAGGAGGACUCUAUGAAGUGGAUGUGAGGAAUAAAGAGUGCUAUCCGGUGUACUGGAAUCAACAGGAUUGCAUCCCUGUCAUGAGAGGCCAGUGGUUCAUUGACGGCACAUGGACGCCUGUAGAGGAGGACGAGAGCGAACUCGUAGAGAAGGAACACCUGACAUGUUUCCGAGGACAACAGGUACAGGACGCUUUUGAGACUGACACGCUGGCCCAUACCGUGGACCGAAAAGAUGUUCUUUCCCACUUCCCCCCAUUCUACCUCCCCUUUCUAUUCAAAUGGAGCGGAUAUCAGACGAGUGCUAAAUGUCACAAGCGAAAGCGAUGUCAAGCCAUCCACAGUCUGCAGUUGAGCCGCAGUCAUGUCGACUGGUACAGCGACGACGAGGUGUAUCUGUACAGCGACGCCACCACGUCUAAGAUCGCUCGCACCGUCACGCAGAAGCUGGGCUUCUCUAAAGCCUCCAGCAGUGGCACCAGACUGCACCGUGGGUACGUGGAAGAGGCCUCGCUGGACGAUAAACCCCCUCAGACCACACACAUCGUGUUCGUGGUUCAUGGCAUUGGACAGAAGAUGGACAAGGAUCGCAUCAUCAAGAACACGGGCAUGCUGCGGGACGCGGUGAGGAAGAUGGAGGAGAAGCACUUCGCUGAGCAAACAGAAGAGCAUGUGGAGUUCCUGCCGGUCGAGUGGCGCUCCAAGCUAGCUUUGGACGGCGACACCGUGGAGUCCAUCACCCCUGAUAAAGUGAGAGGCCUGAGAGAUUUACUCAACAGCAGCGCCAUGGACAUCAUGUACUACACCAGCCCUCUCUACAGAGACGAGAUCACCAAAGGUUUGACGCAGGAGCUCAACCGCCUGUAUUCUCUCUUCUGCUCUCGAAACCCUGAAUUUGAGAGGAAAGGCGGCAAAGUGUCCAUCAUCUCCCACUCGCUGGGCUGCGUGAUCACCUUCGACAUCAUGACGGGCUGGGACCCGGUGCGCUUCUGUCUGCAGGAGCAUCACGAGCAGCUGCAGGGGGACGAGUCGAACUGGACGAGUUACGGAGAGCGCCUCCUGCUGGAGGAAGUGCAGCUCACCAGGCAAAGGUUACAGGAACUGCAAGAUCAACUUCAGGGCCUGAAGGCAUCGAAACCUGCACCCUUCCCUACGCUAAAGUUUAAGGUGGAGAACUUCUUCUGCAUGGGCUCUCCUCUGGCUGUGUUCCUGGCGCUGAGAGGGAUUCGGCCCGGGAACACCGGCGACCAGGACCACAUCAUGCCCAAGUCCAUCUGCCGGCGCCUCUUCAACAUCUUCCACCCGACAGACCCUGUGGCCUAUCGACUGGAGCCUCUUGUUUUAAAGCACUAUAGCAACAUCGCUCCUGUCCAAAUACACUGGUGUAACACCAUCAACUCCUGUCCAUAUGAUGAGAUCAGACCCACGUAUAUAAACGUCAGUAACGACACCGAGAACAGUCCCAGCACCUCACCUGUCCUGGCCAGUCGACACUACGGGGAGUCCAUCACCAACCUGGGCAAGGCCAGCAUACUGGGAGCGGCGAGCAUCGGCAAGGGCAUCGGCGGGAUCCUCUUCUCUCGCUUCUCUCGCUCGCCCAGCCUGCCGUCAGCCGGGGAUUCUGGGAUGUGUGACAGUGAGGAUAGCCAAAGCACUUUCUCAUUUUCAGCCAUAUCGCCAUCCUCCUCUGUAUUCGACGCAGCAGUGGAGAUGGAGCAUCGCAUGGACUAUGAGCUUCGGGAGGGUUUGGUGGAGAGCCGCUAUUGGUCAGCUGUGACCUCACACACGGCCUACUGGACGUCCCAUGAUGUGGCCCUGUUCCUCCUGACCUUCAUAUACAGGCCCCAGCGCUCCGGCCAGGCAGAACACACACACUAACAGUCAAGACUGACCCAUCCGCUCCAUCCCGAACACUUUAAACAACACUCGGUGCCUGAGUUUCUUCCCGAAGCCUUUCCCGUACGGACACAGGCUGGACUAUGCAAACCGCGUUAUCAACUAACUCUCGUAUUUUUUUACACAAUGCAAGUCCAAAGAACGGAGAGUGUGUGCAGCACAUGGGUCUGUAUUUAGUCAGCGGUACACGACUCCGGCACUUAUUUAAAUGUCUACGUUUUAUAGAUAUUUUUGUUUUGACUUGAGAAAUCAAUAUCUGUUAAAUGCAAUAACAUGCAGAAGGAAAUGUUUAUUGUUUAAUUGUAUUUUUAUGCAGAAGGACACUUGAGUUUGUGUGUAACUACAUUAUUUAUUUAUUGUGUUGACGUGAUUAUGAAUGAUUAUGGAGGGCUGGGCACAGUUUUCAUAGCCAAAUCAUUCCAAGUGUGUGUGUGAGCAGGUUUACCAAGUCUUUACAUCUCGCGAAUCGUGUGUUUGCGGUUUCUGUGUGCCACAAAUAACACCACUGUUCAGAUGUAGACGCUAGCUCAUGAAAACAUGAUAUCAUUCUGGGCAUUAGGGGCUCAAGACUGUUCUGUCAUAUCCGUAAAGCUCACGUGUUUAUCCGUCGGUUCACCUGCACUUUAACAGCAGAAGGUGUGUGUGAUGAGAUUGAGACCGUCAUGGCUGACAUUAUCUGUGUUUGUUUAUUUUUGUACCCGUUAUACCUCUGUUUCCCAGCCCGGUUCUGUCUUGUGUAUCCCAUCAUAAACGUCAUCAAGGACAGAAACGUGUUCCUGUGAACUCGUGUGUUACACUGGAUAUCUGUGUUUAGAAAUCAAAUCUGGGACGUUCAACGCUGGUACAAUUAUUUGCUUUCUAAGAAUCACAAAAUAUGAAAAAUGAUUUUAUCCAAAGUUACUCGCAAAAGAGGAACAAAGAGUCCUCAAUAUUCAUAACAUACAUCGGGUAUUGGAGGCCGGUCAUAUAAAGUCAACAUAAAUCAGGAACGAUAACACACACACACACACACACACACACACACACACACACACAUGUGGAUGUAUUACACACACUUUCUGUUUCUGUUUUACAGGUUUAUACACAAACAAAACUAAGUCUUAUCAACAUCCUACAGGUUGGGAAUCGUGUGUGUGUGUGUGUGUUUACCUGUGUGUAGCAUGUUAUAUCACUGACCUCUGUGCAGUUUUGUGUUUUCCUGUGUCAGAAUAUUUAUAUAAAUAUAGAUGACGUCUCCAUGUUUGGUUUUCUGCACCAGCAAUCAUUUGCUCGAGUGUUUCUCAUGUAAGACAGAAAUAAAUAACUUAAGUUUA